UUAGCAUCUGAUGAACAAUAGGAAUGCUUUCCAGAGAUAGAUAUAUACAAGUUUUUUUAUUAUUCUUAUUGUUUAUCGAAUAUUAAACAAGAAAUGAUGACAAAUGAUAAUAUAACUAGACUCGUGUCAACUUUGAAAAAUAUCCUAGACCUAGAUAAAGCUCACUGAUUAGCUCUGAUCGGCUCAAUUCCGUACAAUAUAGAUGAUGUGAUCUCAUUGGAAUAUUCUACUAACUUAUCAUUUGACACGUGCUUGCAAUGACCGCUUGCAGCUAAUCGCUUGUUCUGCUGAAUGCUGUCAACGUCUGAUCAACGAAUGAAUAAAGAAGACAGUGGCGAUUUCAUUAAAAAUGACAGCACAUAUUACUUCGCAAAAAUUAAAAAUAAUUAUAAAUGAGAAUAACUGGGAUCAGUUAUUGCAAGAGAUCAAACCAAAACAUUUUGUCAGGCAAGAAUCAGGAAUAAUACCUGAUGCAGGUAUCUUAGCACAGUUGUGUCAAAUACUCGUAAGUGAAAUUACUCUGGAUAUGAUUAAGAUUUUGUGUUUGAAAUGCCUGGGAAAUUCUUGCCUCGAUAGUUACAAACAUAAACAGCAUACAAUAAGAAACGUAGAAUCUGUUCAAUAUAGCAAGAAUUUAUACGAUGAAUUAGUUGAGAGUGAUUUAUGUCAACAAGGAAAGAAUUGUGAUUAUCCACAUGAUUCUCAUUUCCCAUACGAUGGAGUCGUAGAAUGGACUGUAUAUUAUAUCAAGUCUCAUGAUGAAUCCAUGGAUUGUUUGACUGAUAAGGAAUUGGACAUCUUUAGACUCAGUAUUCAAUUUUUAUGUAAUUUAUUUACAUAUGCAUGUCCAAAUGUAACAUCAGCAGACAAUAUUUUAAGAUAUAUAAAUUGUGAUAACUUCAAACAAGUUAUUCUAAAUAGUAUGCAAUCUGAUUACAAACUUCUUGCCAGUGCAGCUUGUAUAUAUGUGCAUAAUGCAUUAAAAAAAUUACCUGACGAUCAUUUCACAAAUGAUGAGAAAAAUCUAUAUUUACAAUUAAUAAAACCUGCUAAAGAAAAUUUUACAUCUGCAAAGGAUGCAUUACUAUUUCUAUUACAACGACGAAAUAUAUUUGAGAAUAUAUACAGUAGCAUAGCCAUAAGCGAAAAGUUAGAAUUACUUGAAAUUAUAUAUAAUGAAGUCUGGACAUCCUGGCAAUCUGAUCUUAAUACAGUGCUCACGGAAGAUCAAGCUGAGUUUCUAACGCUAACAUUUUGCAAAAAAAGUGAUCUUAUUUUGAAGACUGUGGACACGUAUGUAAAUAGUAUAGAUCCUACAGAAGUUAUACUUAUUCUUAAUAUUCUGGGACUUAUUACUACGCAAUACAAGAUUUCAAAGAAUGCCAGAUCUUUGCUCAUUAAUUGUAAAUAUCUUUUAAUGUCCUUACAUAUGAUGGGAAAAGAGGCGGAUAAUUAUUUUACUCCAAUAACAAAUUUAAGUAAAGUGGCACCUAGUGCUAAAAGGACAACUGUCGAUAUAGAAACAAAUGAUAUAGAAACAUCUAAAGCAAUAGAUGAUCUACAAGAACAUCCUGCAUAUGGCUUUAAAGCGGGACUAAUACAAGUCAUUGCAAAUAUAGUGCAUAAGAACAAAAUAUGUCAGGAUCUGUUUCGCGAGAUAGAUGGAAUUCCGUUACUUUUGGAUUGUUGUAACAUAGACGCACGGAAUCCACUCAUCCUGCAAUGGACCAUUCUCGCUUUGAGAAAUCUAUGCGAGGGGAAUCCCGAGAAUCAAGAAAUUAUUAGAAAUUGUGAAAAGAAGGGCGUGCCGGAUAAUCCUGCGUUACAAGAGAUGGGAUUGACUCUACAUGAGGACGCGGAUGGGAAAUCGAUUCGUAUCGCUCCUUUACGUCGCAAUUAGGGAGAUUUACAGUUUUUUCUAGGAACGCGAUUGUUCUCGGUCAAUCAAUCAGCUCAAAUCAUUGUUUGUAUCGAUAAUAUUCUUAAUAAGAUACGAUAUAUAUGUGUAUGUUUUUGUGAUGGGUGUAACCGGAUUUUCCUGUAUAAAUAAUUAUUAUUCCAACUAGACUGAAAUGUAUCCUGCUAUGCCAAUCGCUAAGAAACGACUCUGCAAUUACGACGAUUAUUAUGCUAUUAGGCGAAAUACGACGUGGUAUGACAUAGAGAGAUAUUUUAUCUACAAUCAUGGCCGAGUGAUUUACGAUACAAUAAAAGCUGCCGUGAGAGUUCACGAUCUAUUAGUAGUUACUAAUGUAAGUAUAUGUACAAUUGCUGUCGCUGAUCAUUCAAUUUCGACGCGAAAUCGAUUUUGUUUUCCGUAUGUAAAAUAAUGAGUCAAAGAAAGAUUUCAUUAAUGCGCACAUUAACACUUUUAGACAGUGUUCUCCAAAUCGAUAAAUAAAUUCGCGAUAAAUUAUAUACGUUUGUCUCUCCACGUUUUUCCGCCCUCUCACAAAAUUGCGCAAGACAGGAGGCAUGGAGACGUUGAAGAAUUAUAGAAUCUCCAAUUACGCUGUCAAGUGACGCGUGUUUCAAUAAAUAAUUUCUUCGUUAAUUAA